UACAGGCUGUUCUGUGCAGGUGCCCCAUGAGAGUCUACGUUGGAAAGUGAUUUCCGACUACUAAUUUUAUAAAAUCGAAGAAACCAACUGACAAGAUACCACGAAAAAAGGACUCGUACAUUCGUGUCCGUAGUGGCAAGAUGACUACGGAUGAUGCGAAGUCAUAUCUGUCGGCAAGGAAUAUCCCUCGACUUUUUGAGUCUUUGAUGACUGGUUUGAUGUACCAUAGACCGACAAACCACAUUAAAUACCUGAUAGAUUGUCUACAGAAGGUAGAGGAUAAGGGGUCCGACAACAUCACUUGGAGUGCCUUUGUGGACAUACGGCGAACUAAGACACCACUGCCCCCUAUCACCCCUCCACAAGGCAAGACAAGGCGAUCCAGGCCAUCAUCUAGACAAAAGGAUCCAUCAAAAAUAGGUCGAGAGUACUUUUGGUUGGAUGAUGGAACAGUGAAUGACCAAAAGGACCUUACUGAUAGGAAAGCGUCACCCUUACCCCCGAUCACCAAGAGUGUUGAUGCAGACGUGCCUGAUGUACCAAUCACGCUCAUUGUGGGUGGUCCUGGUAGUGGAAAGCUGACUCAGGUGAAGUUGUUACAGAAGUCCUACCCAGGAUGGGUACAUCUGUCCAUGGGUGACUUACUGAGGUCACAGAUUGCUGACAAGGGAUCAGCCGAGGACAAGUGGGAGAUGAUCGGUGAUCUUGUCAACAGGGGAGAGAUGGCGCCAGAGGACAUCACAGGAGAUCUUAUCCUCAGCAGUCUGAAGUGUCACCCCAAAGCCGAAGGAUUCAUACUGGAGGGCUACCCCCGCACAGUAAACCAGAUCAAGCAGUUUGAAAAAAUUGUUGGUCGGAUGGACAUGGCCUUUAUGUUAGACUGCGAUGAACACUGCUGCACCCAGAGAUUGUUAAAGCGCGGCCAGAAGGAGGGGAGAGUGCAUGACAACAUCAACGCCAUACAGCGUCGUAUCGCAGCCUUCAAAUCUAACACACUACCAGCAGCCAAAGUGCUGGAUGACAGAGGCAAACUAUUCGUGAUAAACGCUGACAGGGACAUCAAGGAAAUUGCAUUUGAGCUAGGACAGUGCUUCAAAAAUUCUAUUUUUGGAGACAAAAAUGGCAGGAAAUUGGAGCCACCAAGGUCUAAUAUUCCAAAUCCCCCAGAAGACGUUAUUCCAGAAGCAGCUUCAUAUGAGCGUCCAGCUGAAGCUAUUAAGCGAACUAAGUCGGAGCUCCAGAAUAGCAUGGUACUUGUCCAAGAUGCUCCAGUAGUCGUGAAUAAAGAUGAAGGACGGAAGCCCGAUCUACCAACAUGUCCAAUCAUAGUCAUUGCCGGUGGACCAGGCAGUGGGAAAGGUACCCAGGCUAAGAUGAUCACUGAUCGCUACCCAGGCACAGUUCAUAUAUCUAUGGGUGACAUCAUUAGGUCAGAGAUCAGUCAAAAAGGAUCAGCCGAUCAGAAGUGGGGAAUGAUAAGCUCGUUAGUACAGCAAGGAGAGAUGGCACCUGAGGAGGUGACAGUAGAUCUACUUAAAAGUCAUUUAGCAAAACACAAGGACGCAUCAGCCAUCUUCCUGGAGGGUUUCCCAAGGGAAAAGGAACAGGUGGAGGAGUUUAACAAAUAUAUUGGAGGGAUGAAUUUUGUGCUGUUGAUAGACUGUGAGGAAUAUUACAUGCAAAAACGACUUGUAGAUCGAGGGAAGGAGAAGGAAAGGAUUGAUGACAAUCUCAACGCAAUCUCCAGUAGAAUUAGCUUCUUCCGUAAUAAUACACUACCCGUUUUAAAACACUAUGAUGACGAUGGCAAGCUUGUUGUACUAUAUGGUGACAGAGAUGUUCAGGAAGUGUUCUUUGACAUAACCCUUGUGUUAGAUAAAGCGUUCUUUGGUGAUAAAGCUCAGCAGCCUGCUCCAUCAUCUGAAGGUGCCGCUACAGACACAUCAGUGCUGAAGGACACCAAGAUUGUAUUUGUUGUGGGUGGUCCUGGCAGUGGCAAGGGCACACAAUGUGAGAGGAUUGUACAACAGUAUGGUUUCACCCAUCUCUCCACCGGUGACCUGCUGAGGGCAGAGGUCGCGUCAGGGUCAGCCAGGGGCAAAGAACUCACGGCUAUCAUGGAGAGUGGACAACUUGUACCUCUGGAUGUAGUGCUGGAGCUGCUGAAGGAGAAAAUGGUGGCUGCUGCAUCAACCAGCUCUGGCUUCCUCAUUGAUGGCUACCCCCGUGAGAUGGAACAGGGAACCAGGUUUGAAAAUGAGGUGGCACCCUGUACAUGUGUCCUGUACUUUGAGGCAUCAGAUGAUACAAUGACACAGCGUCUUCUGGGGCGCGCCCUCACGAGCGGUCGUGUGGACGACAAUGAAGAGACCAUCAAAAAGAGGCUGACGACAUUCCAUAAUAUCACAACACCUGUCAUUGACUACUUUACCCAGCAGGACAAGGUCAAAAAGGUGUCAUCAGAGAGACAUGUAGAUGAGGUUUAUGCUGAUGUCCAAUCUAUAUUCAAUGGACUUAUUCCAGAAAAAGCAGCUCCUAAAGAAAGUGCUCCCCAAACCACGCCACCAGAGGUCUCCACUCAGGAGGCAACACCCAUCGAUACAUCGGUUCUCAAGGACAUCAAGGUCGUGUUUGUUGUAGGUGGUCCUGGCAGUGGCAAGGGCACACAAUGUGAGAGGAUUGUACAACAGUAUGGCUUCACCCAUCUCUCCACUGGUGACCUGCUGAGGGCAGAGGUCGCGUCAGGGUCAGCCAGGGGUAAAGAACUCACAGCUAUCAUGGAGAGUGGACAACUUGUACCUCUGGAUGUGGUUCUUCAGCUGCUCAAGGAGAAAAUGGUGGAUGCUGCAUCAACAAGUUCAGGCUUUCUUAUUGAUGGCUACCCCCGUGAGAUGGAACAGGGAACCAGGUUUGAAAAUGAGGUAACUCCCUGUACAUGUGUCCUGUACUUUGAGGCAUCAGAUGAUACAAUGACACAGCGUCUUCUGGGGCGCGCCCUCACGAGUGGUCGUGUGGACGACAAUGAAGAGACCAUCAAAAAGAGGCUGACGACAUUCCAUAACAUCACAACACCUGUCAUUGACUACUUUACGCAGCAGGACAAGGUCAAAAAGGUGUCAGCAGAGAGAGAAGUGACUGAUGUGUUCAAAGAUGUACAAGGGAUAUUUGAUGACAUCACUGGAGCUAAAGCCAAGAAGGAAAGUACCGAAGCCGCGCCCAGUCUCAAGGAGGCCAAAGUGAUAUUUGUUGUCGGUGGGCCAGGUAGUGGUAAAGGAACGCAGUGUGCGAAGAUUGUGGAGAAGUAUGGCUUCUGUCAUCUUUCUUCUGGGGACCUCCUUAGGGCUGAGGUUUCAUCUGGCUCUGACCGCGGCAAGCGACUCAACGAAAUUAUGGAGAAGGGAGAGUUGGUGACUUUAGAUGAAGUACUUGCCUUAUUAAGGAAUGCUAUGGAGGCUAAAAUAAGCACUUCAAAAUGUUUCCUUAUUGACGGAUACCCGAGGGAACUAGAGCAGGGCACAAGAUUUGAAAACGAGAUCGUGGACUGCACCAAUGUGGUGUACUUUGAGGUGCCAGACGAGACUAUGACCGAGAGACUUUUGGAGCGUGGGAAGACAAGUGGACGUGUCGAUGAUAAUGAAGAGACGAUAAAGAAGAGGUUAGAAACCUUCCACAAUCAGACGAAACCGGUCGUGGACCACUACGCAUCAAAGGACAAAGUUGUGAAGAUUGUAGCAACUGGAACAGUUGAUGAAAUAUUUGCAGAAGUACAGAAAUUCAUGGACAGCAAAACCUGGUAGUGUUUUAAUUAUUUGAUUACCGCAGCAACUGUUGCAACAUGGAUACACAUAUAAAAUCUAUGGUGUUUACUUAAUGAAGUAAUGCUGUUGUUCAUAUUAAUAUUCAUAUAUGUUACUGCAACUUUGUAACAACCGGAAAUGAUAAAUCAAUGUUUGUGACUUGUUAAAAUGAAAGACUUUGUAACUUGACAAUAUCUACAGAAUCUCCAUGGAUCAGAUUUAACCUGUCAGUAUAAUUUUACAAGUUGUUAUAGCAUUCGUAAGUUAUUGAUCUUCUCAGUUUUCUCGCAGAUGAUUAUAUUCGUUCUAAUCGGUGAAAAUUCUAUGUCGGGGUAUUUCAUUAGUGAAUGACCAUGCAUUAUGACUAAAACCGUCUCCGUAUUGCAAAUAUUAACAAGUUAGACUUGUACUGGAAAAAAGUAAAUUUGACAAAAACGAUAAGAACGAGCAUGAACUAAAUAUAAAACGUUUGUACAUAGUUAAACGGGCAUACCAGCAUAACUUCUACACACCUGUUGUGAAAAAAAUGAUUAAUCUAAAAAACAAGUUGAUAACAGCUACGUUGUUCUCUAGCCAAUGAAGUCAACACUUAAGGGUAAUUUAAUUACGUGUUUAUGUGGUAAAAUACAUAUAACCUGCUGUGUACAUUAUAACUGGAAGUUCGUAAAUGCUGGAACAUGUUUCGCUCAGGACGAACUAUUAUACACUCUCGUUAUAUACAGUGUGUGUCCAUUUUACUCUUAAAUAGAACAAUGUCAGCUAUUUGUUUAUAAAGUUAUCGCUGAUGAGAUCAAUAAGAGAUAUAUAACGCGAUAAACAGUGUUUGUACAGUGGUAGAAUCUACGAUCUACAGCAGAGAUGGCUACACCAAAUUGAUACGUAUCCAAUGUCAUAUGGAUGUUAAUUACACGAUAUGGAAUCAAUUGUUCCUCUAAUCAAUAGCUACACAUUUUAUGAAGCCAUGAUAUGAUCAUUGAGAGGAUGUUUUAUCUGGUAAAUAUUCCUUUAAUUUACAUGUUCAAUUGCUCAAUUAAUUUUUGUACUUUUUUAAAAGAAGUGACUAUAGUUUAUAUUAGAAAAAACCCCAUUGAGGAAUGUUCUUUGAACAAGAGGUAUCCAAAGCCAAAAUAAUUGAGGUACGCCUGAACUAACAUACUUUGUUGAAAUGUGUUUUUGUAAAACUUUUAUUUGUCGAUAUUAUUCAUUUGUGCAAUUUGUAAGUUUGAUAAAACCAUGAAAUAUGUCCAGCUUCAUAGAAUUGACUAACUCUGUAGGAGAAUGAUAAAUACAACCUGACCUAUUUAUCCUAAUUCUGAUGGCGUUAUGAUGUAAAAACGGCUUGGAGCAUGAAAAUAGUCUGUAACCAGUUUUCCUUAAGUGAUUUUAUAUGAAAGCGCAGGAUUUAAAAGCAAACUUUUCACAGUGAAGCAUGCAUAACAGGCCAAAAUGAGUCGAAAAUGUCACCACAACAUUACUAUGUGCUUCAUAUAAAAACAAAUUAUAUUUGUUACCUUACAAAUGUAUAACACUUAUCUCCACAAUGUCAGUUCCCCGUUGUUUCCAAUGGUAUCUCGUAGGAUAUAUACUGUAUAUAUACUUCCCAAAGGUAUUUUUGUUUUCCUUUUACUAUUUGUUUUGUUGUACUGUUCAUACCAACGCAUGCAUUCAUUUGUUUAAUGUACUGUGUAUCCUGUAACUGGAUCCGUCAUUUGUUCCAUACCAAACACUGCGGCCACAUGGGCUUGACACGUUCCAUAUAUAGUGAACUUUUCAUUCUGGAUCACAGGAACAUGUCAAGCCCCAUGUGCAUAUGUCCACCAAAUCAUUGGUGUGGUUUUGCUCCGUAAUCGAACUUGAGCAAAUCUGUCUGUGUUGGUGUGAAUGGUGAUGUAUGUUGUUUUAUGGUAACCCUAAGCUGUUGUGAACAGUGCCUUAUGCUGUGAUAGAGUUUUAUUAAAUGCUAUGUUUAUUUUUCGUUAUUUGACAGUAGGAAUGUUGUUAAGAAGCCGUAUUUAUUGUAGAAUUUCCGCAUAUUCCCUGUCAAUCUGUUUCUGUGUAUAACAUUUUAUUAAAUAAACUUAUGUAAACACCUUUUA